GGAUCAGCGAUAUCUGCGUUCAUACACACCACACAUCCUUUGUAUCAUCAACCUCCUUUCACUUUGAUCUGGGGUCGCCUCGCCUCCAGUGAUAUCAAUGCUCAUGUCGUUCGCUCCUUCUAGACUGGCGACUUCGCGCCCUCACACAGAUUCUUGCAUAACUGGCGAUACGCCACCACCACCGAAUCUCCCUGCAGCGAUCCCAAUAUUUGCGCCAGCGCCACAGCCCAAUUCAUUCUACCCGACACCUCCGGCUUCGCCUGAUCUCGACAUCUCUCCAGCGUGUCUUCCGUCAAUCGGUGAUAUUGGUUUCGCCAUCUCGACUGGCCUCUACACGCCUCCAGCGGAUGUCAAAGACAUUGACUGUUUGCCAUCACCGCCACUUGUCGUUCCGGCCAUAAGAGCCAUUCCUGUACGACAGUUGGACUCUUUCGAAACCGAUUUUGGGGACGAGGAUUCUGAAAUCGAGGAAGAAGACUUAUCAGAUCUACUUGAAAACCCAUCUGAUUCAACGGACAUCUGCGAAACCAAAGAUAGUCCAGCCACUGCACAAGAGGCUAGUGAAAUCGAUCCGAAGGUCUCACUUGGUCAGACUUUACGGCCUUCUACCUCACGCUCCUCUUUCGGUCCCCUGCCAAUCCCCCUCUUGCUCAACACUGAUCACGAUCUGCCUUACGCAUCAACGUUUCGCUUGGUAUCCCCAAACUCGCUCUUAUCGUCUUUAGGAGGCAAUCGUAUCUUAUUGCUGGACGCCUCUCAGUCCGUCUGGGAUAGAAUGCCAUACUCCGCCGCAAGUGCUUCAGCAUCGGCCCAGGGCCUAGCAGACCACGAUGAGGAGACUGUUGAAAACCUGAUCGGCGGUGAACGAGAAGAAAAUGACUCAGGCUUACACCUUUCACUGCGAAGCAAAAAAAGCCGAGGCAAGAUCAGUCCCAUUUUUGUCCAUCCCCCGACGCCAGAACGAGAAGUUCCUCCCAAUGGUGACAUCUUGACUGCGGCCUCGAUCCCUGUCAAUUCAAUCGCCAUUGGCGGCUCCUCUUCCACUGAAAUCCCCAGCCUCCCCGACGAGCCUGUAGCUUCGGGGUCAACGAGCAGGUCUUCUGGCUCCAUUCAGGUCCUUCCGGAAGUACGAUCUCCACCAAGGAGAGGUGUAGCGCUUGCCGCAGACUCUCUAAUGCUCACGCGGGGUAGAAAUCGAAGGCCAAAAUUGUUUGGAUUCACAGAGAUAUCAGACAGCUCGUCUUCCGCGAAUUCGUCUCGCCAAGCGUCACCCGAAAGGGACACCACACCUACUCCGACGCAGAAACCAGUCAUCGGCGGAACACUCCCAACAAUGCCCACAUUACCGCUCCCCAAACCGUCGCCCCCGUCAAAACUCACGCGAGCCAACUCUGAAACGGCCCUUCCGACGAUUGGCUCACCCUCGUUUCUGCCACCACGUGCAAAGCGAGUCAAUGGUCUCAAGCUUGAUUUUGCAGGCAUCAUUCCCGUUGUGUCCAAGGAUGACACACGAUCAGCAAUCAUCCCUUCACCUUACUCGACGCGUUUGAUCAGGAAAAAGUCCGGCGAGAUCCUCAAGCCCGCUCUGAAAUACGCAGGUCCGUUGGGACCCAAUGGCACCCCUUUAAAGCAUUCGCCCGAUGAGGUUUUCAUCGAGGAUUCGCCACGACCUCGCUUCGAGAGCAAGUCAUUACCAGCUACCCCUUCAUGCCCGAAAUAUGUUCACUUUGACACUCAACUCGAGCGGGUCAAGUUAUUCCUGCAAGAUCAAAAGCCCCAGGUCGUCAGUCGAGAUGGCUCACCGACCGCUGAAUACACCACUUCUGAGGGCGAGGAAUACCCCUUCCCGUCGACGGACGAGGAGGACGGGCCGAUGCGCAAAGUAUUGCAGAUUAAACUGCCCAACUUCCCAACGUCUCACCCGCCCGAUGCCGAGUUGUACCUUGAAUCGCUCUUCCUCGAGGACGAUCGCCGAUCGCUCAAGGGGAUCAUCAUGUGCAAGAAUUUGUCGUUUCAGAAAUGGGUCGCUGCAAGAUUCACCCUCGAUUUCUGGCAGACAACUUCUGAGGUCACUGCUCAGCACAAGGAGACUGUCCGAGGUGGCACACAUGACAGAUUCACAUUCGUCAUUAAGCUGCACGACGUCUUAUCGCGUAUCAGCGAAAAGACCCUCUUCAUCGCUCUUCGCUACCACACCGCUGGCAAAGAGAUCUGGGAUUCUAAUGGUGGCCAGAAUUACCAAGUUUUGUUCGAAAAGGUCCCAGCUGGUAUCGCUACGCUCUCUCCAAAACGGGCGAAUUCCGUCAUCCAGCCGGGCAUGGGCAAAGCCAUAGGUGGGCGAACAAGCCAAUGGAGUGUCACGGGCGGCAAGGAGGACGAUCGUCUUGCCGAUCUGAGGGCAAAGCUAAAUCACUUAACGGGAGGCGAUCCCGACAAUUCUCCUCCUCAAGCUUCGCCCGUUCGGAAUGGCGACCAUCGAAACAUGAUGAGUUUCGCCUCGGCCGUUUCCCCUUCGAACUCGCCCCGAGGCAUGAAAUCUGAUGGAGAAUUCAGACCGGAGCUUCCAUCUGCCGGUCACGGUCUUGCAGCCAGGUACGACUUUGGCGCGGCUCUCAAGACCACACGACGACAUUCGCCGUCUAUCCGCAACAACGCCGAGCUUCCCGACGUCAAGACUGGACUACUCAGCUUCGGAGGCUCGAAGAGCCAUAAUGGUCAUGCGGCAACGGAGUUCUACUCCCCCAGAUUCUCCCCAAACAAUCUGCCGGACACCCUGCCUGCGGCCAACGAUCUAUUAUUCUCCCCAGUCACGCCCAAUUCGAGCUAUCUCUCCACGCCGGAUUCUGUUGCCUUGAAUUCUGCCACUUUGCCGAGCACGGGUUCUACAGCUUCCGAGUCAUCUCCGCCCUCAGAUCACACGCCCACGGCGGAGCUUAAGCGAACCAGUCCAUCUAAAUCACCAGUCCAGUCGUCGGAAGUGAAAGAUGUUCCCAGGCACGUAGAACACGUCGCUUCUGCUCGGGCCGCACUUGCGAGCCCGCCACAGCAGCGUCCGCCAAUCACCAAAGGCCGCAGUGCUCCUGCCGGAAGCAUACUCAACGGGACAGCCGUUGCCAAUCAGUCUCCUGCAUCACCGCCGGUUGCGAAAACCACUAUCUCUCCUAGGUGGAGUCCGACUUCGAAGGCAGACAGAAACCUCAAUUUGGCUAGCUAUUCAUCCUUCAUUGAGCAGUUCUGUUGGGGUGGAGCUCCUGUCUCACCUUCCGACGUGCCUCGACGAGCGAGCUCGACUUCGGAUCUUCAGUCGUACUUUCACGAUCAAUCGUCCUCUUCUUACCCUUCCAUGCAUAUGGAUGGGGUGCAAGACAUAAAUGGCUCCCCGGAGUCCCUGGCGAGCUAUCACACGACGUUCACCAGUCUAAAUGACGCUCGGAACCAAUCCAACGAUUCGCCGCUGUCGAUGAAAAGCUUUUCCUCCUUUGGAACUCCGAAGAGUUAUGCCAGCAUACCUAGUCAUCAUAGGUCGUCAAGCUUCAACGGCACACAUACCGAAGGCAGGAGUCAAACAAGAAGAUUGCCGUCCAGUCCUUCGGCUCAGCACGAAGAAACCGACAGCCUCUUGUUCAAUGGGAGGGAGAUGGGCAUGGGGAGAACACCCGUCGCGUGUUGAGGGUAGGGGGAUCAUUUGGCCAUACAUCAUUAUGGACCAUCGCUCUAGUCAAAUAAAAUCAGUCAUUUAUUCGACAUUGGGAAUAUCUUGUCAGCCAUAGGUUAUAGCAUUCAAAACAUGUAGCUUUGCUUUCAUUCCCAUUCCUUUGACCAGUUCGAUGUGCUGUUCGGUACCAAGGAUCGGCGCUCACAAAACUCC